AUGGAGGAUGGAAAACUGAGCCGGGUUAUGAAAGCCCCGGUUUAUGGUAUUGGGCCUAUUGUUAGGUCUAGUGGGCCCAUUGAAAAGGCUAACAGCACAUUCGAGUGGUUAGACAAGCAACCGGAUAAGUCAGUGAUGUUUGUGUGUUUAGGGAGUGGUGGUACACUGUCCUUAGAGCAAACUAUGGAACUCGCUUUUGGCUUAGAAUUAAGUGGUCAAAGUUUCCUAUGGGUUCUGCGUAGGCCGACUUCUUACCUUGGGGCGAGAUCAAGUGAUGAUGAGGAGGUAAGUGCCGGUCUACCAGAAGGUUUCUUGGACCGCACGUAUGGUGUCGGUCUUGUUGUCACGCAAUGGGCACCGCAAGUUGAGAUUUUGAGCCAUGGAUCGAUUGGUGGGUUCUUGUCCCAUUGUGGGUGGAGUUCCGUGUUGGAGAGCUUGACUAAAGGAGUUCCAAUCGUGGCUUGGCCUCUUUAUGCAGAGCAAUGGAUGAAUGCCACGUUGCUAACGGAGGACAUCGGUGUGGCCGUUCGUACGUCGGAGUUACCAUCAAAGAGAGUGAUUGGCCGGGAAGAAGUGGCGACUUUGGUAAGAAAGAUUAUGGUGGAAGAGGAUGAAGAAGGACAAAAGGUCAGGGCUAAAGCUGAGGAGGUGAUGGCUAGCUCCGAGCGAGCUUGGGCUCAUGGUGGGUCUUCUUAUCGCUCUCUCUUGGAAUGGGCAAAACAAUGCCGUCUUGUGUCGUGA